CUCCAGCCCCAAAACAUGUCCUGCUAUGACCAGUGCCUGCCAUGCCGGCCCUGUGGCCCAACCCCACUGGCCAGCAGCUGCAACGAGCCCUGCGUCAGGCAGUGCCAGAACUCCACCGUCGUCAUUGAGCCCUCUCCCGUGGUGGUGACCCUGCCCGGCCCCAUCCUCAGCUCCUUCCCGCAGAACACCGUUGUGGGAUCCUCCACCUCCGCUGCUGUUGGCAGCAUCCUCAGCUGUGACGGAGUCCCCAUCACCUCCGGCUGCUGUGACCUCUCUGGCAUUUCCAGCCGCUACUGUGGCAGAAGGUGCCUGCCCUGCUAAAACGACUGCCCAUGGCCCUGUUUUUUUUCUCCAAGGAAGUAUUGGAGAAAACUUGCUGGACAAAGGAGGAAUCUUCAGGCUAUUGCUUUCAGAAUGACUGACCUUCCUCACCUCCUCUGGCAAACAUUGGCAGAAGCCAGAUCAGGGGCUAUCCCAAGUUUUCUGAAAACAUGGCCCAUGUCUCUCCUUCCAUCCCUCCACCUACCU